GAUCGCGUUUAGUGCGUCGCGUUUGCUCUACGAGGCAGCUGGCAAAAGCGGAGCUACGACUUUCGGUUUCUAUUCGCCAACGAGUUUGCAAGUUAGCGUGACGCUUUGAUGUUUUAAGUGGAAGUGGAAGUGCCACACCAACACAGCCGAACAACGACAGAGAAUUGAACAACAACAACAACAACAAGUGUAAAUAUGUCAAGCUUGAGGAAGACCACAGCGGCGCUGAUAAAGCGCACCAACUACUCCGCAACGUCGACGCUGUUGCCCCGAGCCGGUGGCGGCGGUGCGGCCAAUGCAGCAGCCGCACCACAUGACGGCGUGGGCGUGGCAACGGAAAUUGAAAAAUCUUUGGCGUCUGGAGCGAUGCAGCGACAGCGACAACAACAACAACAACAACGAAUCGAUACUGCAAUCAGCAGGUGAGUUUUGACAGCUGGCAAUACCUGCUGCAUGCUCUGACAUAUAAUUUGCAGCAGCAACACGGCAACAACAACAACAGCAGGCACAGCAACAACAACAACAACGACAGCAACACCUGCUGUGCGUCCCUAUGAGGAGGUGCCCGGGCCUUAUCCAUUGCCAUUGAUUGGCAAUUCCUGGCGCUUUGCGCCACUAAUUGGCACGUACAAAAUUAGCGACCUCGACAAGGUAAUGCACGAGCUGCAUAUCAACUACGGCAAAAUGGCCAAAGUGGGCGGACUCAUUGGGCAUCCGGAUUUGCUGUUUGUGUUCGAUGGCGAUGAGAUACGCAACAUAUUCAAAAAGGAGGAGGCCAUGCCGCACAGACCCUCGAUGCCCUCGCUGCGACAUUAUAAGGGUGAACUGCGCCGCGACUUCUUUGGCGAUGUGGCUGGUCUAAUUGGCGUGCACGGUCCCAAGUGGGAGGCAUUUCGCCAGGAGGUGCAACAAAUUUUGCUGCAACCGCAGACGGCCAAGAAGUACAUACCCCCGCUGAAUGAUAUAGCCAGCGAGUUUAUGGUGCGCAUAGACGAGAUGCGCAACGAGCAGCAGGAGCUGCCUGACAAUUUUCUCCACGAACUGUACAAAUGGGCGCUCGAAUCGGUGGGCCGUGUUUCGCUGGACACACGACUGGGCUGUUUGUCACCGGAGGGCAGCGCUGAGGCACAGCAAAUUAUUGAGGCCAUCAAUACGUUCUUCUGGGCGGUGCCAGAGCUGGAGCUUCGCAUGCCCCUGUGGCGUCUCUAUCCCACAAAGGCCUAUCGCAGUUUUGUGCGCGCCCUGGAUCAAUUUUCUGCCAUUUGCAUGAAGAACAUCAGCCAGACAAUGGACAAGGCCGACGCGGACCAGGCCAGCGCUAUAGCCAAAAGCGAGGCAGACAUCUCCAUUGUGGAGCGCAUCGUUCGCAAGACAGGCAAUCGAAAGUUGGCAGCUGUCUUGGCCCUGGAUCUGUUCCUCGUGGGCGUCGAUACGACUUCGGUUGCCGCCUCGUCGACCAUUUAUCAGUUGGCCAAGAAUCCGGAUAAGCAGCAGCGUUUGUUCGAGGAACUGAAACGUGUGUUCCCAACGCGCGACGCACAAAUCAAUCAGCAUGUCCUCGAGCAGAUGCCCUAUAUGAGAGCGUGCGUCAAGGAGACACUGCGUAUGAAGCCGGUGGUCAUUGCAAAUGGACGCAAUUUGCAGGCAGAUGCUGUUAUCAAUGGCUAUCAUGUGCCAAAGGGCACGCACGUCAUCUUUCCACACUUGGUGGUCUCAAAUGAUCCCACUUAUUUCCCGGAACCCAAACGUUUUCUGCCCGAGCGCUGGCUCAAACAGGGCGCAGCUGAGGGCUGUCCGCAUGCGGGCCAGAAGAUACAUCCCUUCGUUAGCCUGCCCUUUGGCUAUGGACGUCGCAUGUGCGUGGGUCGGCGUUUCGCUGAAAUCGAGUUGCAUACGCUGUUGGCCAAGAUCUUUCGCAAAUACCACGUAUCCUAUAAUUCCGACGAAUUUGUGUAUCGCGUCAAUUCCACGUAUAUACCUGAAUCGCCGUUAAAUUUCAAAUUGACGCCACGCGAAGAGUGAGCAAUGGAGAAGAAGCAGAAGGAGGAGGAGGAGGAGGAGGAGCAGCAGCAACAGUAGCCGCUGAGGAUUUGCAGCUGUCGCACAACGUGGCGGCUGUGUGAUAUUUUUAGCAGCACGCAUAUUUUUGUUAUUGUUGCUGCUGUUGCUUUUGCUGUUUGGUUUCCAUUUGCUUGACUGUCACGCGUUUGUCUUUUUUUCUUAAUUAAGCAAAUGUAUCUCAGGCAGGACACUGACAGCAGCGGCAGCAGUAACUUUGUACAUAUAUCUCUAUAUCUAUCUAUCUAUAUAUCUUUGUUUAUGUAUUCGUGUUAGUCAUCAAUUCUAGUUUUACUGUACGCAGCCAAAAGUCGUAGUCAAUAAAGAGCCUAAAAGUA